AUGUCCAAGGACGCGUUGGUUGCGAGGAAGAAUGCGCGAGAACACCAAUUGAGACAGGUGUAUGCGACCGUUGAAGGAUACGUCCCCACGUACGAAGAUGCACUGAACACGCUGGAGAAACACUUGCAACUCAACAUGACUCCGGACGCUGUCGGGCAAUGGUUUGAUCUGUACGUUCGCGUGGUGGACUUGUCUGUCGAGAUUCGGCGAGGAGAGAUACGCCAUCGAACAGAGCGCAAGUUCCUGUACAAGUCUCGCACCAAGACAUGCCGCGCGACAGCGACAACGAACGGUCUUGGAAUCGACGACGGAAAUGCUCUGAUCAACGAGCUGGACUCGAUAUACAAGCAGUUGAAGAAACGGAAGCCCAUGCAACUCGACACCCUCGAGUCGCAGUUGGACAUCCUCGACCGCGACACCCUUGGCCCUCUUGACAAGCGAAUCUCCGAGGUCAAACGGCGGCUAGAAGGUCUUCAAAGUGCUUAUUACACUUCGUGCAGUCUCAUCGUUCACGGCGAUAUCCAUGUGGAGCUCAUUAUUCGUCAAGACUCGACAGUCCUGCUGCAAAAGAAGAGGCGUUGCGACGACAUCACAACAUGCAGCUGUCCCGUCGACGCAGCACCGUGGGUAAACUUCAUGAUCAACCCUUCCACCAUUCCAGCCAAGCCGACCGUCCAGCCAAAAGCGGUCACAGUCGUCCCCGACGUCAACUUGAACGACUUGAAGAAGAGCUACGGCGUCGACGUCGAAGAGCGAGAGCGAAACCUUGAAUCGUUUCAGAAUGAAGUCGACUACGGGGUUGUCAUUGCUGACGAGACGAGCUCCCACUGCGACGCACAGCUCUUUCCUCCGUCCAAACGAGCUCGCCGACCCCCGCCAGAGGUAUCGCCCAUUUAUGAUCCACCAGACAACAUGAACUUGUCGUGCCCGAAGACGAAUGCAGGGAUCAAGCAAGAACACGGGGACCUCAUCCAGGUGAUUCUCGCGACGGGUAUCACGCCAACGCCAUCCGCGGGUGGGGCGCAUUGUUCUGUUCAGUACGGCGACAUCGUGUCAUGGGGCUCCAUUCCGCGCAAAUCUCGUAUUCAAAAGGUCCUGGACGCCGUCGCAACCACGUCGAUGUGUAUUCACACAUGGACGAUGCAUGACAUGGACGUAUCUGUGGACGAAAUGACGACGUUUGUCGACGCCAUCACGGCCGACUCGUCGGCCCUGCAGCCGCUGGCAGCAUUGAAUGCACGCAGCAUCAAUUUUGAUCCGUCCAAGUGGGCCAUGCCGCUGCACGCGUUGACAAUGCUACCCGCCUUGCAACAUGUUGAUUUGUCGUACAACACGUUGAGUGGCCAUGGACCGGCCAUCGAAGCGCUCUUGACGCAGUGCACGAAACUCACUUCCAUCAACUUGGAGCAAUGCGGACUCCGCACCGUGCAGAACCAUGUGCUAGCUGGUCUGGCUGCGUGUGCGACCGCGGGGCAACUCAAGCGGUUAUCGCUCGCCGACAACGCGUUCAAAAGGGCAUUUCUCGUCAAGCUGUUUCAAACUCUUCAGGUGCUCCAGGGGAGCACAGAGACGAUCAUGUUGACGGUGGAUGGGGGCGUUAGGGUCUCGAGCUUCACAUGCUGAAUCUGCGCUUUGUGAUGGAAGAAACCGAUGCCUAUGCACCUUCCGAAGUGGACGCCAUGUUCGAGUUCGAUCAACUUCGAGUGCGCCACUUGCAUUUAGACUUUUCGAUGUUGAUUACGGACACGUCGUUUCUCGCUGCCUUGGCCAAAGCCGUGGGUCAUUCCUCAUGCGGAAUGGAGACGUUGGAAAUGCCGUCGUGGAGUAACCCGCUGACAGAGCCAUGGAGGGAGGUGAUGAACCAGGUUGCGGCAUAUGGACGUAUUCGCCGACUGAAUGUGCGAGGUCUAUCAUGCACACCACUUUCUGUGUGGGAGGAUGUGCUGCGUAGUGGAGUCAAGCAAUGCGUGGCAUUGGAAUGGACAGUGUCGCAUGUUAUGGCGGAGGUGGGUCGUCGUCGUUGAAGCAUAUCAUUCCUCAUGAGCUGUCCAGCCAUGCGUCGCACUCCUCCAAUCUGUACGCCCACCAUGCUUGAAAGAAAUGCAUAUGAGUGUGGAAUUCCCGCCGGGGACGCCAUCUUCUUCGUGCGACUUGCCUAAGGCACAUAAAUGGCGGAAGGAGCUUGCCGCCGCCAUCUCGACGUUGGCCAAGAUCGACUUCGUUGGAUACACUCGAUCCCACUCUGCGCGAUGAUUGGCCCGUUUAUAACAUUUUAAACCAAUGAUAUUCAA